AACAGAGGAAGAAGUAUUCCAACUUCAUUGUGGCAGAUGUCUCCCAGUAUGCUGUCAAUCACCUGGUGACCUUCUCCAUUGGGGAAGAGGAUGAUUUGACAUGUGUGGAAGAUGCCGUCAGGAAACUGUGCAUCAUGGAUAAGCAAGGGAAGGUCUGGGUUCAGGAGAUGUUGCUCCAAGUCAGCGGGUCGGCUAUCAAGCUCCUUGACAUAAACUCAAAGGAGGAACUGGAGAAUUAUGCAUUGGCAACUGUGGCUUAUUGUGAUGCUGUCUGCCCUGAGUCUCGGUCCCGAUCCUUGCUUCUACUCAUGUGCCAGGAACCUACUCAGCUCGGACCGGAUAUCCACUUCUUUGAGUGUGAUCAAAUUAGGGCGGAAUGGAUCCAGCAAGACAUCAGUAGUGCCCUGCUGGACUUCAACACAGGAGGAAAUACCCAACGGGCGGAAGCCUUAAGAGCUGCCCAAAACAUGCUUGACAAUCAGGAGAUCUCUCGGCCUCCUGUGCAGGUUCCUUCUAGGACAAAGAUUGUUGCACCAGGGCCAAGAGAAGACGCCAUCUUGGUAGGUGAACCUGAUCUGGCCUCCAUCCAAAUAGAAGAAAAUGUGGAACUGCUAAACCAUGUUUUUGAUGAUGUGGAAGCCUUUGUGAGAAAGCUGCAGAAAUCUGCUGAAGCUUUCCGUGUCCUGAAUCAAUGCAGGCGCUCUGCAAGACGGCACCUUCGAAAGCCAGGAGAGGGACUCUUAACCAUCAGAGCAAAACCCCCAUCUCAAGAGGAGUUUGAAGACACUCUGUCCAAGACCAAAUAUUCCUUCAGCCUUCUGGCAAGGCUGCAAUCUAACAUCACUAACCCUACUUCAGAGGAGCUACUAUGUAUUCUUUUCAAGCCCUUGAAGAUGAUUGUGGACGCUUCUGGGGGUGUGGAAUUUGCUUCUGAACUGCGCAAUCCCAUGUUAACUCUGGAGGCCGUGACUUUGAUGCGAAGCUGCUUAGGAGAAAAGGAAACAGAAUUGUGGCAUUCUCUGGGUGAAAACUGGACUAAGCCCAGGGUGGAUUUCCCCAGGGGCUAUGCAGCUCCCUACAACCUAACAUUCUGCAGUGGCUGGGAGCCUCCUGUCCGGGAUGCUUUUGGGAAACCUUGGGAAGACCCAGUAGAGAUGCAACACCGUCAUGAAGAACGACGCACCCAGCAAUCGGCACCCACAAUUGCAGCCAACGGGUGCAAACAUCUAGAGAAAUUAGUGAUCUGCACCCACAGCUUCACAGCCAGAAACAACAAUGAACUGUCAGUGCUUCAAGGAGACAUAUUAGAGGUUCUCGAUGAUAGUAGGAAGUGGUGGAAAGUCAAGAACUGUUAUGAUCAAGUUGGUUACGUCCCUUAUAAUAUUCUUGCUCCAGUGCUGAAUGGAGAUAAUUCCAGUAUCCAGAAUGACAAGGAAAUGCUUCUAAUUCAUGAAAUCACCCCUGUAACAACGAAGAUAACACCACCUCAGCCACCAGCAAUGACCACAAGUCUACAGUCCAAUGGUGUAAAAUGGGCCAGCGCAGAGGAGCUUAACGAGAACCAGAGUAAGAAAGAACACUUCAGCGUGGUCAAUGAGGAGCUCGUCUUCAGGCUGGCCAACGGGACAAGUGGCUGUGGCAAAACUCUUCAUAUCCCACGUACUCUGGAUACGGAUGUCCCUUUAGACUACAAUUCAAAUUCUGAUCAAGUCCGGACCUGGUUGGAGGCCAAAGGGUUCAAUCCAUUGUGA